AGAACAUAUAAAAUCUCAACACUGCGCUGUUUCUGACAUAUCUGACUUACAGAAGCCCUCGAGAGAGACAAACAGAGAAACUCUAAAGACACAAAACUCCAAGAAAAUGUACUCACGAUCUGACAGCAUGACUCUGACUGUUCGCCGGCAGGAGAGCUUCGCCUUCUCCAGGCUGGCGACCCGCAGCACGGAGCCGGAGGUCUUCACCUUCGAGCGGAUUCCGACUCAGGCCACCGCCGUGCACUCCUUUGUGCCCGUCCGGCCGAAGAAGCGCUGCACCCGGGUGAUGUACCCCGCUAAAGUCCGCAUGCACCUUCCACCACCGGAGAAAAGCCAAGCCAAGCGUUGGCUGGUCAUCCUGUGCCUGGUGGUGCUGUGGCAGAUCUACACCGAGGAUCCCUGCGUCGAGACGCCGCUGAGCAGCGCAGACAGCCCGGUCAGCGACUACCACGGGUUCUCCUUCCAAUCAGCGGAGGAGGUCAGCGCCAGCUCUGCGGCUCUGUCAGCCUCACCGAGCGGCUGCGAGGACGGCAUCUCAUCAAGUGACAUGUCCAUCCCCACCACCACCUGCCCAAUGCCAAGCCAAGAGACGGAAGGCAGCCAUGGGUUCGAGCAGAGCGCCGGGAAGAGCUACAUGGUGGCUCUGCUGGUCUACCACAGACUGGGCAGCGACAACUAAAUCCCUCUGGACUGGUUUAACCGUAAACCACCCUAGUCCCGGUUCCUGGGAUCGAAAACGAACCGAGCUGGAGUUGUUCCUGAGCAGCUUCUGGAGAGCAGCGGUGCGUCCUGCGCGGCGCAGCCGGGGAGGGAGCUCCAUGCGCCGGCUUCCCCAUGCCAGCAGUCCCCCUGAGAGCGGUGGACACAGUCUGGAGUGGGACACAAGAAACUGUGAAAAACUGAAACUUGAACUUAAAGAACUGUACAAAACUUGAACUGAUCUUCGUGUGAUUUACACUUCGACUCUAACUGCACUUCUAGGCCUGCAGGCAAACUGGAUGUUUUACAAGUUUAAUUCUGUCUGGAAAACUGUCACUCCUGUAGGCAACAGCCGAAACUGACACUGUCUGUUAUGUUAAUGUCUUAUUUAGUUAUUUAUUCUAUUAUUUGCUAUUUAUUGACCGAUGAUUUUAAUAAAAAAAUGUUUUUAAAAGAA